AAUUAAAAAAAAACUUGUACCUGGUGAAAAUUGCUUUUAACUGAUGAUGUAAUGUCUGUUUUCAUCGUUUACUUAUUUAAAUAAUAAUAAACAUUUGCUAUGAUGCUUAGAACAUCUUAAUAUGAUGACUAACGACUUUCUUUUUAAACUGUGUGGAUAAGUUGAAUGAAAAUUUGAUCUCUUUUGGUGUUUUCAUAAAAAUGGCUCUAUUAUUUUAGAACACUUUUGUCUCACACUGAAAAAAACAAUAUCAUCAUAAAAAUGUUCUGUUCAAGAAUAAUGUAAAACCUAGUCUAAAAACAUUUGUGGAAAAACAAUCUCAUUACAAAAAUUUUAAGUAUUGAAUGUUAAAUUUUGCAGGUGUUUAAUAAUUACAAUUCACAUUUGGGGAUGAAUAAUCUUUGAAAUAGAUUACUGCAAUCUUUGAUAAGAAGGUAAUCAUAAUACAAAAUUAAUAUUGAGCAGCCACAAAAGUCAGUUUUCUGCAUCAUGGAUAGUAUUAAUUUUUUUCUUAUAAUUUUCAAAAUAAAAUAAUUGUUGCCAAUAACCUCAUAAUGUGUUAACAUGAUGAUUAGGUUUUUUCAAUGUCGACAUGGUGAAUGAAAAUCCCGUUUUGUAUUAAUAAUGAAAAACUGCAGCACCAGGAUCUUCAUCAUCAUCAUCAUCAUCAUCAUCAUGACAAGAUCAGAGCAGAAUUUCGGUGAGUCUGAGGUUCAGCAGGAGGAGGCGGGCAGCCCCACAGGAGCAGGAACUGGAGCUGGUGCAGGAACGGGAGGGGAGGAGGAAGAGGAAGACGAGCGCUGCUUGAUGGACGAGGACGAGGAAGAGGAGGAAGACCAGGAGGAAGAGCCAGACCAGGACGACGGCGAGAACAAACCCAAAAGACGAGGACCUAAGAAAAAGAAGAUGACCAAGGCGCGCAUGCAGAGGUUCAAAGUUCGGCGUAUGAAAGCCAACGCUCGCGAACGCAACCGCAUGCACGGCCUGAACGACGCUCUGGAGAGUCUGCGUAAAGUGGUACCGUGUUACUCCAAGACCCAAAAACUGUCCAAGAUCGAGACUCUACGCCUGGCCAAGAAUUACAUCUGGACCCUCAGCGAGAUCCUGCGAUCUGGGAAAGCCCCAGACCUCAUCACCUUUGUACAGGCGCUCUGUAAAGGUCUUUCCCAACCAACCACCAACCUGGUGGCGGGCUGCCUCCAACUGAACCCUCGCACCUUCCUACCCGACCAGUCACCCGAGCUCCAGGCCCACCUCCCUCCUCCGGGUGGCACUCCCUACGUAGGCCACUUCUCUUACCAGAGCCCGGGCCUGACGCCAGGCCUGCCCAGCCCGCCCUACGGUACCAUGGACCCGUCGCAUAUCUUCCACCAGGUGAAAGGUCCGGCGUACGGCGCCCCGGAAGCGUACUUCGAAGGCGUCCUGGUGACGGACAGCCCCGCUUUCGACCCGCCCCUCAGCCCCCCCCUCAGCAUCAACGGAAACUUCUCGUCCUUCAAACACGAGGCGGCGGACUACGACAAGACCUACUCCUUCAGUGUGCACUACGGCGGCGGGGGAGGCACUCACGGAGGGGGGGGUGGCACUCACGGUGGCGUCUACACGCAGGUGGACAACCUGAUGGGCUUCGAUGGACACUCGCAUCACGAGCGGGUGAUGAACGCCCAGCUCAAUGCCAUCUUCCACGAGUCCUGA